AUUAUGCUUGUGCGAUGGAUGGGUCUUGGGGAAAAUGAAAGUUCAUUUUUGCAGGUCUCGUGCUUGCAGAAUCUUCCUUCCAUUCACUGGCUGUAUGGCAAAACAUGCAAAACCGCACAUAGAGCUCCAGGUACCGUAAAAAAGGCAUCUAAAAAAUGACACAGGAUCAACAUCAUCUCAUCCAUCACACAUACAAGCACUAUAUCUACAAAACGCUAACUCUAUUCUCAUCAGUCACGUGAUAUAUCUACACCACACACUCUCCCGCCUACUCCUUUGCUUCCUCUCCAGCUAUCCAAGAUGGCCAAGGACAAGAAAUCCAAAUCCGAAGACAAGAAGAAGAAGCUAGCUGAGAAGAAGCAAAAACAAGAAAAGAAAGCCGACAAAAAAGAAAAAUCCAAAGCCCAAAAAUCCAAAUCCGCCGACGACUCCGACAAUGAAUCCAUCGACCUCGAUUCCGUUCUGGCCGAAUAUGCCAAAGCCCAAGAAUCCUUUUUGAAAAUCACUGAAGUGACUUGCGAUGCUCCUAGACCAAGAGCUUCUUCCACUCUGAUUGCUAGUCCUAGUAAUGCGAAUGAGUUGUUCUUGUUCGGGGGCGAGUAUUUUAACGGUGCUUUGGCAACUUUCUUUAAUGAUUUGUAUGUUUAUGCUAUUAAUAAGGAUGAGUGGCAUGUGGUGACUAGUCCGAAUGCUCCAUUGCCGAGAUCUGGACAUGCGUGGUGUAGAGGUGGAAAUGCGGGUGGGAUUUAUUUGUUCGGAGGGGAGUUUUCGAGUCCGAAACAGGGGACUUUUUAUCAUUAUAAUGUGAGUUUUUCUUUUCGUUUCAGUCCAACCUCAACUGAAGAUGAGGAUCGUGGAUAUUUGGAGAUAUACUAACACUUUACACAGGAUUUUUGGCACCUUAGCCCCUCCGAACGUGAAUGGACCCGUCUAGAAACCAAAGGUAAAACCCCUCCAGCCCGUAGUGGUCACCGCAUGACCUACUACAAAAACUACAUCAUCCUCUUUGGAGGUUUCCAGGAUACAUCACAAGCCACAAAAUAUCUCUCUGAUCUCUGGAUCUACGAUACAUCAAACUUCAUCUGGUACAACCCUGUUCUCCCAACCGUGAUGCAAAAGCCCGAUCCCCGUUCUUCAUUCACCUUUCUCCCUCAUGAAAGCGGUGCUAUACUGUACGGAGGCUAUUCCCGAGUCAAGACAAAUGUAUCUGGCAAACAAAUGAAAGGUGGUGGGACGGCCAUGAGAAAUGUAUUGAAACCCAUGGUGCAUCAAGAUUGUUUUUUCCUCCGAAUCACCCAACCAGCUGAUACAUCAUCACCCACUCCUCCAACCGUUCGUUGGGAACGUAGGAAAAAACCUGUUAAUACGCCAAAUCCUCCUCGUGCAGGUGCUACAAUGGCGUACCACAAAGGACGUGGUAUUCAAUUUGGUGGUGUACAUGAUGUUGAAGAGUCUGAAGAGGGAAUCGAUAGCGAGUUCUUUAACAUGUUAUUUGCGUGGAAUAUAGAACGAAAUCGUUACUUCCCGCUCGCUCUCCGCAAACCUAGGAUUCAAAAGAAAAAUAAUGGUGGAAAUGAGAGGGGAGGGAGAAGAGGAAGAGGACAAGCAAAUGAAGAGGAAUUAUUACGAAAUCUAGCAGCGCUUGAAACUGGAAAAAGUCUAGCUGAUGCAGACGAGAUGGAAAUUGAGACAAAGCAAGAUGAUGAAGAUGCAGAUGCAUUACCCGCCAAACAGAUCCUCAUGGAAUUUCCCCAUGUGAGAUUUAAUGCACAAUUGGCUGUCCAAGAUGAUGUUCUUUAUAUCUAUGGAGGUACAUAUGAAAAAGGCGAUAGGGAAUUUACAUUCGACGAUAUGUACGCCAUAGAUUUAGGUAAAAUGGACGGCGUGAAGGAGAUUUUCCGACGCGAACCAGAGAACUGGUUAGGAAGUGAAGAGGAUAGUGAAGAAGAAGACGAAGAUGACGAAGAAUACGAUGAGGACGAUGAAGAGGAGGAGGAAGAAGAAGAAGAAGAUGAAGAAGACACCACCACAAAAAUAGAAAAUAAACCCCACCUCCACACAGAAAGCACCCGAAAAUCCAAACACAAAAACAAAGACUCCAACACCCCCUCUCUCUCCACAUCCAUCUCCACCCCCGAAACACCCUCCACAGCAACCUUCGACGACACACCCGACACCACCUCCUCCCAACUCUCACCAGAAGACCAAGACCAUCUCCCCCACCCCCGUCCCUUCGAAUCCCGUCGCGAUUUCUUCCAAAGAACAGGUAAUGAAUGGCAGGAAGCACUUAUGAUGAGUCUUAGAUGGAAAGGUAUACAACCUGAGACGUUAGGGGUUAAGGAAAUUAAAACGAAGGCCUUUGAGAUGAGUGAGGAGAAGUGGUGGGAUUGUAGGGAGGAGGUUUUGGCGUUGGAGGAUGAGUUGGAGAUGAGUGGGAUUGGGGAGGUGGUUGCUGGGGAGAAAGCGGAGGGUGACGGGGGUGGGGAGGAGGAGGUAGGGUUGUGGGUUUGGGGGUUGGGUUGGGUGGUAGGGUUGGGUUGAGUUGGUGGGGGAUGAGAGGGAUAGAGGGAAGGUGG